AGUAGUAGCGUGCACCGAAAUUCUUAAUAUAGUUAUAGCUUUCUCUACUUUCCAGUUUAUAAUUUUCUUCUGUCAAAGCUCCGUUUCUGCUGGUUCCCGGAUCCAAUCGUUCUCUCCUCCUACAACAACUAAUCCCGUCGCUCACACAACAAGGCGAGAUGGCCUUAUCUGCAAUCGGUUUUGAAGGUUACGAGAAACGGCUCGAGGUGACUUUCUUUGAGCCAAGCAUCUUUCAAGACUCCAAGGGACUUGGGCUCCGUGCUCUUACCAAGUCCCAACUUGAUGAAAUUCUUACUCCUGCUGCAUGCACGAUCGUUUCAUCUCUCUCCAACGAUCAAUUGGACUCUUACGUACUCUCUGAGUCCAGCUUCUUUGUCUACCCCUACAAAGUCAUCAUCAAGACUUGCGGUACCACUAAGCUCCUCCUCUCUAUCCCACCACUUCUUAAGCUGGCUGGUGAGCUCUCUCUGAGUGUCAAGUCUGUCAAGUACACUCGUGGCUCCUUCCUCUGCCCUGGAGGCCAGCCUUUCCCUCACCGCAGCUUCUCUGAAGAAGUCUCUGUUCUUGAUGGGCAUUUUUCUCAGCUGGGCUUGAACAGCGUAGCCUACUUGAUGGGCAAUGAUGAUGAGACUAAGAAAUGGCACGUCUAUGCUGCCUCCGCCCAGGACUCUAGCAACUGCAACAACAAUGUCUUCACGCUUGAGAUGUGCAUGACGGGUCUAGACAGAGAGAAAGCUUCUGUCUUCUACAAGGAUGAGACUGACAAGACCGGAUCUAUGACCGACAACUCCGGAAUAAGGAAGAUCCUUCCCAAGUCCCAGAUCUGCGACUUUGAAUUCGAGCCAUGUGGCUACUCUAUGAACUCAAUUGAAGGAGAUGCAAUCUCCACGAUCCAUGUUACCCCUGAGGAUGGGUUUAGCUACGCUAGCUUCGAAGCAGUGGGUUACGACUUCAGCACCAUGGACCUGAGCCAGCUGGUGACAAGGGUUCUGUCUUGCUUCGAGCCCAAGCAAUUCUCUGUAGCUGUGCACUCGAGCGUUGGAUGUAACGCGUACAAGCCAGAGAUCAGUGUAGACUUGGAAGACUAUGGGUGCAGAGAGAGGACAUUUGAGUCUCUAGGAGAAGAGAGUGGAACAGUGAUGUAUCAGACGUUCGAGAAGCUUGGCAAGUACUGUGGAUCGCCUAGAUCUACCUUGAAGUGUGAAUGGAGCAGCAACAAUAGCUGCAGCAGCGAGGACGAGAAGGACGAGGGAAUCUAGCAGAAUUCUAUCUAAUAAACUAUUUUCGAGCUUUCUGUUUUUUUUUUUUCUUGCACUCUUUUUUUUUUUCAAAAAAAACAAUAUCUGUUGAAUAAAUGGCUUGUUAAGUUGAGUCUAUCUCCUUGACAAAGCCAUGUGUGUUGGUACUUUUCUGCUUUAUAAAUUUGGGUUUAUAUUACCUGUGUUCUGUUAUUUUUUUAAAAUGUUACUGCUAUGAUUGAUA